AUGGACCCUUUGAGCGUUGCGGCGGGCGUCGUAGGUAUUGCCGCGUCGACAGCGCAUUGCGUACGUCUUCUCAUCGCGGAUAUCCGCAAGAUCGUUGACGCGCCCGAAACGCUCAAUUCGCUCACGGAAGAUCUGCUCUCUAAGUCACUUGGUGAGACCGUAGUCAACCAGUCAAGAGCUACGACUACUGCCUGCGGAGAGUCAUGCAACCGGUUUAGGACCGACCUCGAUCGCUGGACACGGCACAGUGAGGAUGGGAAACUUUCUUUGCGAGAUCGCGCUAUGGUUGGCUUCUUCAAACAAGGCUGCGUUAAGUCCAUGUCAGAGCAGCUCCAGCAAUGCAAGAUCACUCUUACUUCGGUUGUCUGCAUCGCGACCUUCUAUAGCUCCCUUCAGCAGACGCAAGAGGCCGAGAUUGUAGAGUCUAUGAAAGCGGCAAAGAACCAGCUGGCUAAGGUGGAUGCCAAGCUCGGAGCACUGCGCCUAGCCAAAACAGAACAGGACGAAACAGAAGCCGACCGCGCCAGCGCGAUCAGCCAGGUAGCAGUCGAGCAGACUGUCCUAGGUGAAUCCCGAAAACUACUCGAGGAACUGCUCUCUGGUAUCCACACCGCAGCUGCAGAUGCCCGGAAAGACCAGGCUCGAGUCGUCAACAACUUUGGAAACCUGAAUGAAGGCAUGCAGAUCGGGGAGUUCCAUGGGACGAUGAGUGGCAUUACAUUUGGGAAGAAGUAG